CCAAAGGUGCCAGAGCUGAAGAGAAUGUAUGUGACGUCCACCCGCUCACCUUGACGUCUCAGGGGCGUGCCACGUGUGUCAGCUAUUGAUUGUGCAUGAGAAAGUGGUGGAGAAUUGACAAAGCACACAGCCGAGAGCACUGGCUAGAUUAAUGUUUGUUGUUGAACGUUUUACUUCGCCUAUGGGAAGCUAUGUUCCACGAAAAUGAAGACAGAGUCAUGAAGGAUCCAAGGAUUUCUUCAGGCAGAUUUCUUUGCCAGCAAAUAUCUGCUCCUUUAGUCAGGGUGAAGAAGCCAGGCUCCCUUAUCAGAUGUUUCCACUUGUUGCAGACACACCUGGUGGUCAUCGUUGUCCUCUUAGCAGGGCAAGCUUCCUGCAACCAGACCACUACAACUCCUUCCCCUUUCACUGUUUCUACUACAGCUCCACAAAUAUCAGUAUACUACUUUGUUGACAUUACGGUGAAUGUCACUGGACAGAGCAAGAAUGAAUCUGAAAUCUCUGCCUGGCUCAAGCAGGUUUUCAGCUCCAAGCUGGAGAACUGCGUGCCUCCAAACCCUCCAGAAACUACUGCCACACCGACCUCCCCACAGACUACACCUGCAAGUACUGUCAAUGAGACAACACAAGUGGCGUCAUCAACACUGAACACUUACAACAGCACAGCAACUGCAGUAACCACAUUACAGAGCAAUAGUACAGGUGCAAGAUCCACAACCUUAGAAGGCAACAGCACUACAGCAGCGACACCCACGGGAGGCAACAACUUCACAACCACUGCAACAACAUUACAAGGCAACGGGACAACUACAAUAGCAACACCAACAGGAGGCAACUUCACAACCACUGCAACAACAUUACAAGGCAACGGGACAACUACAAUAGCAACACCAACAGGAGGCAACUUCACAACCACUGCAACAACAUUACAAGGCAACACGACAACUACAGCACCAACACCAGCAGGAGGCAACUUCACAACCACUGCAACAACAUUACAAGGCAACACGACAACUACAGCACCAACACCAGCAGGAGGCAACUUCACAACCACUGCAACAACAUUACAAGGCAACACGACAACUACAGCACCAACACCAGCAGGAGGCAACUUCACAACCACUGCAACAACAUUACAAGGCAACACGACAACUACAGCACCAACACCCACAGGAGGCAACUUCACAACCACUGCAACAACAUUACAAGGCAAUGGGACAACUACAGCAGCAACACCCACAGGAGGCAACUUCACAACCACUGCAACAACAUUACAAGGCAACACGACAACUACAGCACCAACACCCACAGGAGGCAACUUCACAACCACUGCAACAACAUUACAAGGCAACACGACAACUACAACAGCAACACCAGCAGGAGGCAACUUCACAACCACUGCAACAACAUUACAAGGCAACACGACAACUACAGCAGCCACACCUACGGGAGGCAACUUCAUAACCACUGCAACAACAUUACAAAGCAACACGACAACUACAGCAGCCACACCUACGGGAGGCAACUUCACAACCACUGCAACAAAAUUACUAAGCAGCAGGACAAUAGUGGCUUCAAAGCGGAAAAGAAGCUUGAUACGUGUAGCUCGGGACGUUAGUGUCAAUGGGACACAAAGCAGUUUGAACACUAAUGUCAUAAAUACAACGGGCCUAUUUCAAGGAAUGGAAGUGUCAUGCGCGACAAAAACUGAAAUAAGAAACACCACGUGCUCUGUGACGCUGAAGCUGAGUCAGGCGGUGUCUUCAUGCUGUAUCCUCCGCACUCUCUGUGCAGCCACUAACACUUCAUCUGAUUUUUACGUGCUGGGGAAAAAGGCAGAUAGAGUGGGUCAGCUCCAAAAUGCGUGCAAUAACAGCAGCGCAGUGGAAAACAGCUGCAUUUAUACUGGUCAAGACAACGCAGCAUGUAACGAGUCUGCAGCUGCAUAUGUGGUUCCACCAAGUAAUUCAACUAACUGCACUGCAGGCAACAUCACCACAACCAACUGCAACUGCUCCGAUUACUGCAGUGGAUCAGAUGCAUACUACACUUUUAACAUUUCCAUACAAGAUCCCAAUAUAAACUACUUAAAUGUCACCAACCUGAUUUCUCAGCUGCGACAGCUUCCACCUUGCUCCCCAAGUGCAGUAGGUCUAUGUCCAGUGUCCAUUAAUGCAUCUGAGUACAAGGACGCAAACGUGGCAUGUGCAAACACGUCAACAAAUUAUAGCCUUCAAAGCUGUAGCGUGAUUUUGGCCUUUGCCCAUGAGGUCCCCGUCUGUGAUGUAGCAAAUGCUGUGAUGUAUGUGCUUCAGUCUAAGAAACAAAUCAGUUUCAACGGGCACGUGAUCCGAGCGGCAAUUUGUGGAAAUUUACAAGCCAACAUCAGCCUGCAGUCUGAGUUCACAUGGGUCAGCACUGACAUAAAGCCCGCAGAUUUCUGUCCUGCAGCACAGUCUAGCAGCCUCACUUGUCAAAAUGGAAACAAUGUGGUUGUGCAGCUGAAGGACAGUUGUGAUCUUCAAAACGUGUCUACCACCACAGCCAACCCAAAUGUGACAACCAUGCAACCAAACAGCACUACCACCACCACCAACAACAACAGCACCACUACCACCAACAGCACCACCACCACCACCAACAGCACCACUACCACCAGCACUGCUAAUAGCACUUCUAUUGCUGUAAAUGCAACUUCAACGCCGCUGAAUACAACACAAGGAGUGAAUCUAACCACCACCACCAGUGCUGCUAAUGUCUCAGUGCCAGCAACAGUCAACACUACUACAACUACAACUAUCACUACCGCUAACAACUCAAGUACGGGUAACACAACUACAACCAAGUCUCCUACACUCACCACUACUACAACCACCACAAAUCAGAAUGCUUCUGUGACCACGACUGGAAGUCCGACAACAAAUUCAUCAGCUGAAGCUCGAGCCAACGGACUGCUUGACCUGACGAAAGACGUGUCCAAACUGAACUCCAGCCAGGUGAAUCAGCUGGUGUCUGACCUGGAGAAUCUGUUGUCAGGCCCAAAUGUCAGCAUAGGGCUGGGGAACACAUCAGUCAACAUUGUCAGCAAUCUCCUGGGUGCUUCUCCAUCUGUGCUGUCAAAGUCCUCCAACAGGAUAAUAGGGAUCGUUGACACAGUGGGGCUCAAGCUGGUUGUUGGAGGUACGACUCAGACCCUUUUCUCCCCGGCUGUGGCGCUGUCUGUGAAACCAGUAGAUGGCGCCAACUUUCAGAAAACAAGUUUUUCCAUCUCAAGUCCCACCAGUGUACAGGUCCGUGGGAAUCCCAGACUGAGAAGGAGCGUGACAACAAACUCCUCGAUCCCUCAGGGCUCCAUCACGCUGCCUGCCUCUCUCACUCAGAAUCUCACAUCUCAACAACAGCAGCAGGUCUCCAGAGUUCAGUUCAAUUUCUACCAGAAGAGCACCGUAUUCCAGGACCAAUCCCUGGGAGUACGCAGGCUUAAUAGCGGGAUCCUAGGAGCAAGUGUCGCCAACCUGUCAAUCACAGGACUGCAAGACAAUGUUAUAAUCACCCUAAAAAACCAAGAGCCUAUUCCGGCAAAUUUUGUGGCAACAUGUGUUUUCUGGGACUUUGCAUUAAAUAAUGGAUCGGGUGGCUGGAGUUCAAAUGGCUGUUCUGUCCAAAAUAGCACGGACAGUGAGACAAUUUGUGGCUGCAACCAUUUAACCAGUUUUGCCAUCCUGCUGGACCUCUCCAGGCAGCCUAUAACCAGUCGUGUCCAGAGCACCAUCCUUACCUUCAUCACAUACAUUGGCUGUGGAAUCUCUGCUAUCUUCCUGGCCAUCACCCUCCUCACCUACUUGGCCUUUGGCAAGUUGCGCAAAGACAUCCCAUCCAAAAUCCUGAUCCAGCUGUGCUUUGCACUGCUCCUGCUGAAUCUGGUCUUCCUGGUGGACGCCUGGCUGGCGCUCUACCCAGAUGCCGUGGGCCUUUGCAUUUCCACUGCCUGGUUCCUUCACUACUUCUUGCUAGCUGCCUUCACAUGGAUGGGACUUGAGGCCGUCCAUAUGUAUGUGGCACUUGUGAAAGUCUUCAACGUCAAUGUAUCGCACUACAUGCUGAAGUUCUCGCUGGCUGGCUGGGGUAUCCCGAUGAUCGUGGUCAUUAUUGUCAUUGCAAUUGACAAAAACAACUACGGUCUUGUUUCCUAUGGAAGGUUUAGUGAUGGAACUACUGAUGAGUUCUGCUGGCUGAAAAAUGACAUCGCGUUCUACGUGGCAGUGGUGGCCUAUUUCUGCGUCAUUUUUCUAUUUAACUUCAUCAUGUUUAUUGUAGUUAUGGUCCAGCUGUGCCGGAUAAAAAGACAAAACCCUCAAAAUCUGCAGCACCGCAGCACACUGCAGGAUGUGCGCAGUGUGUUGGGGAUAACCAUCCUGCUAGGCCUCACGUGGGGCUUUGCCUUUUUUGCCUGGGGGCCGGUUAACCUGGCGUUCAUGUACCUCUUUGCCAUCUUUAACUCCCUGCAAGGUUUCUUUAUAUUCGUGUUCCACUGUGCAGUGAAGGAAACCGUGAGGAGGCAGUGGAGGAUCUAUCUGUGCUGCGGCAAAAUGAGACUAUCAGAGAACUCAGAAUGGAGUCGCACUGCAACACAGAAGACUGCAAAGAAGUCAUCGCUGACCAACAACACAUCUCUUCAUUCCAGUACCUCACGUGGCAAUAACUCUUCCAGCUCCUCUUUCCUCAACAGUGACUUUUCAGAACAGAGUGAUGGGAUUGGUAGUCCAUAUGCAGACAGAGUAAUCACAGCCGAUGAAGAUUCAAAUAUGGAUGUGGUCCUCAACGAGAUCAACAUGCGGCACAGACACUCACAAACAUCUUGAUAGUGGAGGGACAAAGCCGCCUCUCUCAGCGCUCUUUUUUUUAUAAAAAAUAUUUGUACCGUAUAAUGUAAAUGAACAGAAUAAUUUAUGUACAAGCUAUCUGCAGGCCAUAUGUAUUAGCUAAAUGACUUUAUAAAUGAAACUUACUGUUUUAA